AUGGUGAAGAAAGAUGAUGUUGUUGUAUUUAUGAAAGGUACACAACAAGAACCGAUGUGUGGUUUUUCUCGAAAUGUGAAAUUGGUCCUAGAUUUUCACAAUGUUAAGUUCAAAGAUUAUAAUGUGCUCGAAGAUCAAGAACUCCGAGAAGGAGUAAAAGCUUACAGUGAAUGGCCAACUAUUCCUCAGGUAUUUGUAAAAGGCGAAUUUGUUGGAGGAUAUUAUCAAUUUAGUGAUUUCUUCGACUCGAAGGGCAUACCAAACAAGUAUGGAGAGAAGAAGUAG